AUGAAGGAAAAGAAUGAUAUUCAUAAAAGAUCUUUAAAGUGUGAAGAAGAUGAUGAAUCAAAAAAAAAAAUAAAAACAGAUGGAGAAAAUGAGAUAGAAUCGAAAUUGAACGAUUCAUAUUCAUUAUAUUUAGAAAGUCAGAAAGGGAGAAACAAAAAACUAAAAAAUAAUUUAGAAUAUAUUGAAUAUUUGAAAAAAGAUGCAAGAAGAAAAUAUUUAAAAGAAAGAGAAAAAGAAAAGUUAGAUAUAACAAAAAAAUUAUUAGAUGAUGAAUUGCUAUAUAGUACAAUAAAAUUAGAAGGAAAAGAAAAAAAAGAAUUAGAAUUUUCUAAAAAGAUAUAUAACAUAGCAAAAGAAAAUAUAAAGUUAAGAGAAAAAUUGCAAGAAGACUACUAUUAUUUUCAAGAAGAUUUUGAAAAAAAUGAUAACAAAAACAAGAUAAGUUUAAAAGAAGAUAAAUUAGACCCAUCUUUAUAUAAUUACGAUCAACAAAUCAUAAAUAAAGGAAUUUUAAAAUUUGGAUCUGGAGCUUUAAAAGAAGAUGUAAAAAACAAUUUUAUUUUUGAUGAUGAUUUAGUAAAUAGAAAAAGUAUAAAAAGAGAAAUAUCAGAAGAAAAAACAAAAAAAAAAAAAAAAAAAAAUGAUAAAGGAUAUAAUGAAAAAAGUAUUUAUAAAGAAAAUACCGAUACUUAUGAAAAAGUUAAUAAUAAAUACUAUAGUAUUGAUUAUGAUAAAUUAAACAAAGAAAAAGACAAAAAAAAGAAAAAAGAAAAAGAGAUAAUAGAUGAAAAAGAAAUAGAAAAAAAAAAGAAAAAAAAGUAUGAUAAUAAAACAUCUUUUGAAAAAGAUGAUUUAGAACUUAAUAAAAAUGGAUUAACAGAUGUUGUAGAAUUUGUGCAUUUAGAUAGUUUAUAUGGAAUUGAUGAAAAAGAAAAGGAAUUACAAAAAUUAUUUGAAGAUAUUAAAAAAAGAAAAGAAAAAAAAAUGAAAAAAAUAAUAGAUGAAAGAAAAAAAUUACCUAUAUAUAGUUAUAGAUAUGAUAUAUUAAGAGCAAUAAAGAAUAACAAAAUUUUAAUAUUAGUAGGAGAAACAGGAAGUGGAAAGAGUACUCAGUUAACUCAGUAUUUAUAUGAAUGUAAAUAUCAUCUAUAUGGAAAUAUAAUUUGUACACAGCCAAGAAGAAUAGCAUGUAUAGCUAUAGCAAAUAGAGUAGCUGAUGAAAUGAAUGUCAAAGUUGGAAAAGAAGUUGGAUACGUAAUAAGAUUUCAGAAUAAAACAAGUGAAACAACAAAAAUUAUAUAUAUGACAGAUGGAAUGUUUCUACGUUUAUUAUUAUAUAAUCCUACCUUAGAAGAUAUAUCUGUUUUAAUUAUUGAUGAGGCACAUGAGAGAGCCUUACAUACUGAUGUUAUAUUACCUAUAGUAAAAGAUAUAUGCAACUUCAGAGAAAAUAUAAGAAUUGUUAUAUCAUCAGCUACGUUAGAUGCAGAAAAAAUUUCUACUUAUUUUAAUUGUGCACCGAUAUUUUAUGUACCUGGAAGGAAAUAUAAUGUCGACAUUUACUAUACAAUUAAUAAUGAAAGUAAUUAUUUAUCAGCCAUUGUUAUAACCAUAUUGCAAAUUCAUAUAACACAAGCAAAAGGAGAUAUUUUAGUUUUUUUACCAGGACAAUUUGAAAUUGAACUAGUACAACAAGAACUAGAAAACAAAUUAAACGAACUUGCACCAAAAUUUCGUAAUCUAAUUAUUUUGCCCAUAUAUUCAUCAUUACCUGUGGAAUUACAGUCACGUAUAUUUGAAGAUAUCACUGAUGAGGAUUAUGGAAAAAAUAGUGAUAAUAUUGGAGAUAAUAAUAGUAUUAAUGAUAAAGAAAUAGUAAAUAAUUUAGAAAAUGUUCCUGAAAGUAAUAAAAAAAAUAACGAAGAUUUGAGAUUAAAUACAUAUAAAUUAAGAAGGAAAAUUAUUUUAUCAACAAAUAUAUGUGAAACAAGUAUAACUAUAGAAAAUAUUGUUUACGUAAUAGAUUCAGGCUUAUGUAAGCAAAAAAUUUAUAACCCUAAUUCAGGUAUAGAAUCUUUAGUUACUUUACCUUGUUCUAAAGCAUCAGUCAAUCAAAGAACUGGUAGAGCUGGUAGAAAACAAGAUGGUAAAUGUUUUCGUUUAUUUACAAAAAAAGCAUAUAUAGAUUUAAGUGAUAAUUCUAUACCUGAAAUUCAACGCUGCGAAGUCAGUAGUAUGAUUUUAUUAUUAAAAAGUUUAGGAAUGGAUGAUAUAAUUAAUUUUGAUUUUUUAGAUCCUCCUUCUCCUGUUGUUAUUAUUAAAGGUCUAGAACUUCUUUAUUCUCUAGGUGCAUUAAAUGAUGAAGGAAAUUUAACCAGAACAGGAAGGAAAAUGGCAGAAUUUCCUACUGAUGUAAAAUCAAGUAAAAUGAUAUUAUCAGCUUCAGAAAAAUAUAACUGUGUUGAUGAAAUACUUAGUAUCACAUCCAUGUUAACUCAUGCAAAUAAUAUUUUUUAUAUUCAAAAAGGUAAAGAAAAAGAAGCAGAAAAUAUUAAAAAAAUGUUUACUAUUGAAGGAGGAGGGGAUUUUCUUCUUUUUUUAAACAUUUUCAAACAAUGUGAAGAAAAUAAUUUUUCUACUUCUUUUUGUUAUGAUCAUUUUUUACAAUAUCAUACUCUUAUUAAAAUUAAAGAUGUGAAAACACAAUUAUCAAGUAUAUGUGAAAAAAUUGACUUACCAAUUACCUCUACUAACAUUCAAAAUCAUGAAUCAAUAUCUAAUAUUAAAAAAUGUAUUAUAAGUGCAUUUUUUACUAACUCUGCAUUACCAGUUAAUAAAAAUGAACUUAAAAUUAUAAAAUUAAAUCAAAUUGUUAGUAUUUAUCCUAAUUCUGUUCUCUCAAAAAAAAAUAUUAUGGAAGAAAACCAAAAUGUAUGUAUUAUUUUUUAUGAAGUUAUUAAAAUAAAUAAAUCGUAUAUACGACAUAAUAUACCCGUAAACAAAGACUUAUUAUUUGAAAUUGCUUCUUUUUAUUUCCUUAACAAAAAUGAAUAA